CUCGUGGAAUGGAUCAUACCUAUGUUAGUGUAUACACUGGAGUUGGGAGUUUUUGUGAAAAAUUAUAAAAAUAUGUUUUUGUUCUGAUUGUUUAAUGGAUUAUUUUUGAUUGGUGAAAGUGGUUUGAAAAAUUGAAGAAAUUUAUCAAAUACCUCGUGGAGCAAUUAACUUAUAGGAAUACCAAGUUUAAUAGUCAAUACCUGAGUGUUUAAAGGGCUAGCCUUGCAAUGUGAUUGAUUUUGUUAUAUACUGGGAGUUUUAAAUUUUUGUGAAAAAAAUAUAAAAUAUUUACUGUAAAAUGGGUGGAAGAUAUCCGUUCAAGUACAGAUUCCAUUGGAUUUGUUUAAUUAGUUUAAUUGUGUAUUUAGAAAGUGUUAUAGGAUGUCCUACGGAAUGUGUUUGUCAGGGUAAAAAUGUGGAUUGUAGUUACAGAAAACUGUCCUAUGUACCUACUAAUAUUCCAAAAGACACUCAAAAGUUAGAACUCCAAGGAAACAAUUUGACAAUUUUGAGGAAGAAUGACCUCCAGGGUUUGAGACAUUUAAAAGUUUUGCAAUUGUUAGAAAAUCAAAUCCAGACAAUAGAAAGAGGCGCGUUCCGUGACCUUGUCCUCAUGGAAAGACUGAGAAUAGACAGAAACAAACUAGACAACAUCCCUGAUGAACUGUUCUCUGAAAUGCCAAAUUUGGAGAGAUUAGAUUUGAGCUACAACAAACUAGAAUCUAUCAACAGAAAAUCUCUACAGGGUUCUCUAAGUUUAAGAAAUUUACAAUUAGACCACAAUCAGAUAAUCUGCAUAUCUGAAGAGUCAUUAAAACCAUUGAGAAAGAUGGAAAUUUUAACUUUGAAUAACAACAACCUAACCACAUUACCACGAGGACUCUUUGAUCACAUGAAAAAUCUCAGAAUAUUGCGAUUGAUCAACAAUAAAUUCAUGUGUGAUUGUCAUUUACUUUGGUUGCCAAGAUUUCUGAGGUCACAUCGAGGCCUCGGUCUCUACACUGAAUGUGAUUCACCAUCUCGACUUCAGUCCAUAGAGAUGGUAGAUAUUCCAGAGUCACAGUUCAGAUGUCAAGGCAUGGACAGUUACAAAGCGCCAAAAUGUGGAGUGGAGGCCCGGUGUCCUAGUAAAUGUAGAUGUAUGGAGGGUGUGGUCGACUGUAGAGAUUUGGGACUGACAGCAAUCCCUACUAAUCUACCAGAAGACACCAUUGAAAUACGAAUGGAACAGAACCAUAUAGUCCACAUCCCUUCAGGAGCCUUUAGUGACAUGAAGAGACUCAGAAGAAUUGACCUCAGCAACAACCAAAUAUCCAAGAUCCAUGCUGAUGCUUUUGCUGGACAGUUAUUUCUCAAUUCUUUAGUACUUUAUGGUAACAAAAUAGUAGACCUACCACACGGUGUAUUUAAUGGUCUUUCGUCACUACAGUUAUUAUUAUUAAAUGCAAACAAGAUCAAAUGUAUAAGGAAGGAUGCUUUCAAAGACCUAUAUAACCUUAAUCUUCUAUCUUUAUAUGAUAAUCAGAUCCAAUCACUUGGCAAUGGAACAUUUGAACCUCUACAGAAUAUACAGACACUGCACCUUGGAAGAAACCCCUUUAUCUGUGAUUGUAACCUAGGAUGGCUUGUUGAGUAUCUGAUUAAGAAUCCCAUAGAGACCAGUGGUGCUCGAUGUGAAAGUCCCCGUAGAAUGGAGAGAAAGAAAAUAGCUACAGCUAAAGUCAGCAAGUUUAAAUGUAAAGGUGCAGAAAAUCAUAGAACAGAGAAUGCUGGGAAUUGUAUGGUAGACAUGGCAUGUCCUGACUCCUGUGUGUGUCUUGGUACUGUAGUAGACUGUUCUGGACGAGGACUUACAGCUAUACCCAAAGGCAUUCCGACUUACACUACCUCAUUGAAGUUGAACAAAAACAAGCUAACAAGAAUAGAUUCUCUGUCUGAAAUGUUGACCCUGUUAGAUAGCUUACGAUCCAUAGAUUUCAGUAAUAAUCUGAUAGAUUUCAUACAAGAUAUGGCUUUUGAUGGUGCAGAUAAACUAUUAGAAAUAAAUCUAGCCGACAACAAACUUAGUAAACUUUCGAUGAAGAUGUUGUAUGGAUUAAGAUCAGUACAUACCAUUUCUUUGGACAAGAACCAGAUAACAUGUAUAAGUAAUACAACAUUCUCAGAGAUGCCAAAUAUCCGUCACUUGUCAUUAUUUAAUAAUCAGAUCAGAUGUGUGAUGGAGGGUGUGUUUGAUAAACAACAUUAUUUAGCACGUUUAAACAUGGAAGGUAACCCAUUUAACUGUAACUGUCAUCUGGGUUGGUUACCUGAGUGGUUAAGUAUGAGGAACAUUAUAACUGGUAAUCCAACUUGUAAUGCACCUCAUCAGUUUAAGGACUCUGCUAUCACAGAUCUAAAGGCAAAAGAUUUUAUUUGUGAAGAGAGCAGUGAUAGAGGAUGCAAUAUUGGUAUACCUCCCUGCUGUAGUGAUGGUCCACUCGAAUCAGUUGACAGUUGUCACCCUAGAGCCUUUUGUCCACAGAGCUGUACCUGUACUGGUACUGUAGUUAGAUGUAGCAGAAAGAACUUGAGUACGAUUCCAAGUGGUAUACCACAAGAUACGACAGAAUUAUACUUGGAUGUAAACAAGAUAACUCACUUGACUCCUGAAAUAGGUUCACUGACGAACCUCAGAAGAUUAGAUCUGAGUAACAAUCUACUGGUAACCUUGCCUGAGAAUAUCUUCAGUAACUGUACACAGUUAACUGCAUUAAUAUUGAGUUAUAACCAUUUAGAAUGUAUGGCAGAUACAACUUUAUCCUCCCUUAAAAGACUUAGAGUUCUAUCAUUACAUGGUAAUAAUUUCUCAACCAUUCCAUAUGGAGCCUUCAAAGAUCUCAUUUCUCUCACUCAUUUAGCUUUGGGAGGUAACCCUUUCUAUUGUGACUGUAAUUUAAAAUGGUUGUCAGAUUAUAUCAAGAAAGACUACGUAGAGUCAGGUAUAGCCUCCUGUGCUGGACCUCUACAGAUGACCAAUAAACUGAUCUUGACCACAGAUUCUACAGCAUUCCAGUGUAAUACUAAAGAAGAUUCAGGACUACUCAGUAAAUGUAAUGCCUGCCACAAAAACCCCUGUCUCCAUGAUGGAACCUGCCAACUUCAAGACUUCAAAAACUUUACUUGCCAGUGUACACCUGGUUACUAUGGCAACACAUGUCAAAAUGAAAUCAAUGCUUGUUUUGGGAAUCCCUGUGUGAAUAAUGGAGAGUGCAGUGUGUUACACCAUGGGAGAUUUCAGUGUGCCUGCCCUGAUGGUUUUCGAGGAGAGAGAUGUGAAGAAAAUAUAAAUGACUGUGUUCAACAUAGAUGUCAGAACAAUGCCACAUGUGUUGAUGGAGUACAGACAUAUACAUGUAAAUGUGCCACAGGAUUUAAUGGUAAACAUUGUGAAUCCAAGAUUCCUUUCUGUCAAGGUGUUUACAACUUUUGUCAAAAUGGAGCUAAAUGUAUCAGCACAGAGCAUGAUUAUAGGUGCCAAUGUACCAAAGACUGGUCAGGUAAAAAUUGUACUGAGAACAUUGACGAUUGUAAAACUCACAUCUGUCAGAAUAGUGGCCGAUGUAUAGAUGGUGUAGGGACAUAUAAUUGUCUCUGUUCUAAAGGUUAUACGGGUAAAUACUGUGACGUACCUCCAGCAAGGAAACAGUUUUAUGCUGCUGCUGGUCCCUGUCAGCAUCAUGACUGCCAGAACAAUGCUGUAUGUCAUCCACAGAAAGGCAAUAGAGAAUACUCUUGUGAAUGUGUGUCAGGGUUUUCAGGUAAAAAAUGUGAGAAGUUAAAGAGUGUGACAUUUAAAGCACAAGAUUCUUAUAUUCAAAUGUCCAAGAUAGAUUUCCAGUCAGAAGUUAAUAUCACUAUUUCCCUGAAGACCGAAUCAAAGUCAGGACUUAUCUUCUACACAGGAAGUGAACCCCACUUAGCUGUGGAAUUGUUCCGUGGUCGAGUGAAAAUAAGUUUUUACACUGGUGAUGAUCAUGCUUCCACCAUGUACAGUUAUAUUUACAGUUUUGUUACCAUUGAUGAUGAUAAGAUUCAUAAAAUACAGUUAAUGGUACAAAGACGUAAUAUUACCAUGAGGAUUGAUGAUGGGAAGCCGCAAAGCGUUAUUAACCAAGGGAACAAUGAUUUUCUAAAUCACGAUGAAGAUGUCUACCUUGGGGGAAUGCCACAAGAUGUAGGACAAUCUGCAAAAGAUAAAUUCCACACACGUAAUCUUGCAAGUUUCAAAGGUUGUUUCCAAGAAGUAUCUGUGAACGGAAAAGUAUUAGAUUUCACUGCAUCUAUUUAUAACCACAAAGUAAUGCCAGGAUGUAAAGUUGAUGUUUGCCAUAACAAUCGAUGUAAAAAGGGACAUUGUAAACCAAGGAAAAAGAGAGGAGGUUACAGGUGUAAAUGUAAGAGAGGAUAUUCAGGAAAAUUCUGUGAUAUUGCACCAUCAUGUUCACGUAAAGUUUUCAAAAACAUUUAUGUUGAUCCAAAAACAGACUGUCAAUCACGGACAAAAAUAAAAUUCCGCGUUUGUGAAGGAUCUUGUGGAAAAGACUGUUGUAAGCCUAAAAAAAUCAAAACACGGAAAGUGAGACUAUAUUGUAAAAAUGGUUCAUCGUAUGUACAUAACUUACCUGUAAUUAGAAGGUGUGGAUGUAAAAAAUGUUAGCCAUAUGUGUAUCUUAUAUUGAGAUAAAAAUGCAGCAGACGACAUAAUGUGAUUGUCAGACAAUGGGAAGGAGGGCGUGAUCCUCCAAAGAUUUCGGGUUGCUGGCUUGACAUUAUAACAUAUCAGAGAAGAAUACAUGUUAUGUCAGAAUGAAGACACAUUUUAAGGUCAUAAGGUCAUAACUGAAACCUUUGAUUGUUUAUUGGUACAGAAAUAUACUUUUGUUUUCAAGUCAAACAAAAUGGCUGUUGUUAUUGUUAUUGUUUAUUUUUAUUAUUAUUGUGACACAAAGUUGUAAACAAUUUCCUGUAAAUUGUUGUGCUUUUAUAUAUUUGUAUUGAACAGAGAUUGACUGCCGUUAUCAUAGGUAGUUACAUACAUGUUAAAGGGAAGCAACUCCUGAAUGUCAAACAUUACAGCAGAAAUACCAACAUUAUCAUACAUAGGCCACAGUGAAGAAAAUCUACCUCAGUUUAACCAAAUGUAUACAGUUAUGUUAAAUGUUGUAUUUCAUUACAGUUAAGUCUUCACAUUAAAAUACAAAACGCUGUACUUCCCAAAAGUAUGAAUCUUGUACCAAUUUGAUAACAUUGACUUGUAAGUUUUCAUGACUUGGUUUCAGAUCAUUGAUAUGUUCAAUGAUAAAUACAAGGGAUAGGUAAAUUCCCUAAUUGUAUGUUAAAAGGCAUUAAAUACAUGAGAGCCCUGACACUAUAUGAAUAAGGUUAAAUUCACUAUUAGACAUGUUCAUACUUUUUAAUACACAAUAAUAUUAAAUUGAGGAAUAUUUGUGGAUGAACUUGGAUUAAACAAGUGACAAAGUUUAUCUACAAAAUAUCACAUUUUUGAACUUCCACUUCAUGAAAAAAACUUGCUGUUUGACUUGAGGUAAACUUUUAUGUACAUUAAAUCAUUUUCAACUUGUAUUACAUGUAUUUAUUUAUUAUAAUGUACAUUUUGUUGUUUAUAUUUGUAAAAUUUUAAAAGUAUACACAAUGUAAAUAGUUGUAAUUACAUGUGAAUAUUAUAUGUUAUUGUGAUUUAUAAUGAAGCUUUUAUUGUCUUUUUUAUCCUUUAGAAAAUUUAAGCUGUUUUAUGGGUAUAUUUGUUCCCUUACCUCCUGAUACAGAUUACAUCAGAAAAAAUAGUUGAAUAUAAUCGAACUAUAUUAAAUGCAAUAUUUGCAAAGAUUUCUGGUUGUAAAUAAGAUACAUUGGGAUUCAACUUUGAAAAGCUAUGAAUCAAAUUAAAAAAAUCGUAUUUGUCAGAAAUAGAGUGACCUAGUCUAAGUACCAUAUAAAAUAGAACAGUUAUUGCUAAAUGUAUUGAUGACCUUACAUAAGAAUGCUAAACAGGGCUAAAGUCUACUACAAGUUAUACAAACAGUAUGAAAUAAGGAGAUGUAGUAUGAUUGCCAAUGAGACAUCUAUCCACCAGAGUUCAAAUGAAGUGGAUGUAUUGUGUUACCCUGUUAGGUAUCAAUCAUUCAGAUCGUCAGUGUACUUGCCUUUAAGAUUUGCUAAACAAGCCAGUUAAAUAUGAAAGUAAAUUAUAAGGUUUCUUAUUACCAAAUUCCUAACUCCCCACCUAUUUAUAGCCUUUUGUAUUAUUGUGAUUAUGUGAAACCUCAUUCAAUAGGUUGUAUUGUUUUUGGAUGUUUCUGUCUUGCUUCAUGAUAUAACUUUUGCUGUUUUUUUCUCUCAUUUUUUUUUGUAAUUUUAACAUGUGACUGAUCAACUCAGUCCUUUUCUUGACUAUUUUUUUUUAUGUCACCUGAUUCUUUAUACGAUAACUGUUAUUGUAUAAUUUACUUUCGGAUGUAACACGUCUUCUGAUUGGCUGGAAGUUUUUUGUCUAUCGUCUAAUAGACAUAAUUUUGUCAUUAGACCAUGACGUCAUCACUGUGUUUUUACAUGAUUAACUCCUUAAAAAUGGAAUUUAGAAUUAAAUUAUAAGGAAUGGCUGUAAUAUUUUUUCUGUCUAUUGGAAAUAACCUAAAAAAUGUGGUGCACACUUUUAAAUAACCCGCUACGUAGGUUAUUCAGUGUACACCACAUUUUUUAUGUUAUUUCUUCAUAGACAGAAAAAAUAUUACAGUCAUUCCUUAAAUAAACACAUAUUCUGUGGAUUCAUGUGCAUUCUUUUAUAUGGUCUGAAAAAAAGUUGCUUCAUUUAGACUUUUGGUACCAACUUUAGUGCUUAACAAAAAAUUCUGUCAUUUUUAUUUUAUCUCUUUCAAUCAUUUGAGUGACCUGGCUAAAUGCCAUGUACACUAUAGUUAUCACUAGGCUUUCAUCAUCCUUCCAAGGACAUUUCAUGUGUGGAUCUUCUUCAGAACCAUUGAACAGAAUGAAAAUAAAACUUGCAGAAUGCUUUUUACAAGUUUCUAUCCAAAUGUUAUUACUUGGGUGUAGAUAUGCUAACAACCAUAGCUGCCUUGGCUUAUUCCUGUUAAUUGACUUGGUUAAUGAAAAACUUUUCCUAAAAA